AUGGCUGUGGAACAACCUCUCCUCGCACCUCUCCCUCCUCCUGAAGCAACAAUUAGUCACACUGACAAUACGGAGGAACAACAUGAUAACGCACCUCUCCUCUCUCCGGACAAACAAGCUCAUCACGCCGAGGGGCGACCUAUCACCGCGCCUCUCCCAGAUCAUGAAGCGCAAGUUCCGCCUCCGGAAAUAAGUCCACCUGCUGACGCACAUAGUUCGGUAGAGAAUUCUGAGGACAUGGAGAUCGAUCCUGCAAGCGACCUUAGAGGCCUAUUCCCAUACGUGCAGGAACAAACCCAUGUCGACAAGAACGUCCAAGCAGAGCAUUCUCGCUUGGAGGACAAGCUCGUUGACACAGAUGACGAGUCAGGAGACGCUGAGUAUGGCUGCGACAAACACAUUAAAACAACCAAUUUUGUUGCUGCUGGCCACAGCAACAAGCUUUCCACGAAUCUUUUUCAGAUCUGA